AUGGAGGACUAUGCGAAGGUCGCGAAUAUGGAACGGGACUUUAACAAAGUCUAUAUCAAGGAGGAUGACCCUAUGCAAGAUGAUAUACGCAUAGGCAUCAACCGCAUGUUCAAACUAUUACACCCUAUCUACGAUGAGUGUAUGAAAAAGCCGGAAUGGAAUGAAGACGAGGAGUCCUUCAAGCGGUUGCAAAUCGGCUUCAAGGAUAUAGCGGCAGAUGCGUGGGAUUUUGCACCUAGCCCGCCUGAAGAUGCACCUGCAAAAAUCAGGGAAGAUUCUCAGCGUGAUAAACCGUUUGAUACGACCUGGAUUGAGGCUGUAGCAGAGGCCUUGAAGCGGGGCAACCUUACGCCCACGAAUAUUGACAGAUCGAGCAUGCUAAUUGGGCAUGCCAUUCAAAGCUUGAAGCUUAUGAUGACGGCGGAAGAUGCCCACACACGAUUGGAGGGAGCGCGAGAGGGACUAGUGCGAGUUUUGGAGGCUCAAAGCUUCCAACCCCUUCUAAAAAGAAUAAAGGAGCCCUUGUUUCCAAUUCCUGAUGGGAUACCGACUAAUGCCGAAUUGAUCGAAAGACGCGACACAGCAGUAACCACGAUAUUUGCGAACCUUCAGCUGCUCCGCAAGAUAUUGCACGCCCACGGGGCUACCAUCGCGAAGCGUUGGCACCAGGAAAAGGCCAAGCGGCGCACUGCCCUUCUCAAAAUGGCGUGGGAGGAGAUCCCCGUUGCUCAUGGAGAGGCCUUCCAUGCACUCGUCGCAAAUAAUCCGCAGAGUGCAAGUCAGGAAGCAUACAAGUGGCCUAAUCUCAACCUUGAGGACCUUAUCAGUAGCAACCACCUGCUCCUUAUGCUGGCGGCUCGAGCAGAAAAUGACCCUCGUGAUUUCGUCCACGCCGACCAUAAGAGCUGGGAUGCAGCGCGUAUGCUCGGUCAAGUCCGGGCACCGCACAGAACAGAUUUAUACCUCACCUUCGACGAAGUGAAUGUGGACGACUGGAUAGGCACAUAUGGCAAGGUUACAUCCGUAUUCUCGACGCCCGGGGCCCCGAUAGCCCUUAUUACCAAGUUGCCCAUCGAAGGAAUUGUCACCUUAGAGAUCCAAGCUCAGAUCUACGUAUUUCUAACCCAAGCGUGUCUAGCGAUCCAUAAACUGAAAGCGAACAAACUGAGUUCCCUAGAGGCACCUGCGGAGCCCACAGACGGUCGACUAGUCCUCAUUCCCAAAGAUCUCCUUGAGCCUCCAUCGAAGUCUCGGCCUGGGUCCGAGUCCGAGUCCCUGGUUGAUUUCAUGACGAAAUCAUGUAAUCAGCUCACAUACGGCUUUGGUCCUCCUGACAUGGACAACCUCAGAUUCCUGUUAGAUGCGCAAAUCAUGGCGGCGCAGCAACGCCAGAGAGCCAUGCGGAGAAACCCUGUUACUUUCGCUGCAAUCAUAAAGCUGAGCCUGGAUGAGCUGAACAGGGUCAGUGCCCUUAUCUAUCAAGCCCGGGGAUAUCCUAAACAGUGGAUUGCAGAUCAUUUGGAAACGAGUCUUCAGCCUCAAAAUAUCAUCGAAGCGAUACAUACGGAUACACAGGCACUUGUUAUGCUUGGUCCUAUGCGAGAUAAAUUAAGACGUAUUCACCAGCAUCUCGAUGAUCCCAAUACCGAAACCGGGACAUAUAGUGAUAUACCAACAACGGUUCUUGCGGACGCGGCGUCGUUGGUAAUCACGCUCAAAAAUUUUCUGUUCGGCCAAAUCAAGCUGAUAACUGAAAGUAUCAUCGCAUCAAAAGAUCUCGGCUUGAAAGAUAAACUCGAAGCCGUGAAUAUUGAAAUAGACGGGGGUUCCUACAGGCAUCUCCGUAUGAAGCGCCAUGUGAAGUAUACGCCGCUACUGCAUCUCCUUCUAUCUCUGAACGAGAUUACGGAUUCGAAACAUCAUAGAAGGUGGAUUACGAAGCAUAUUAUAGGUAACUUGGGCAUCGGCGAGGCGGUACUAGAGUUGCACCGGCUUUUACAGGAUACACCAAGCAUAUUGGCCUCCAAUCGGUUUGCUAGUGAAAAGCUCUCGGACAUCGUGACUUGCGCUCAGCUAUGUGCUCACAUAGAGUAUAUCUUCCCUGGAAGGCUAUGGGCAAUAAAAGGGUCAUCGAGCAGUCGGACUACGGCGCAUAUGACCCAGCGAACGAAAUGCUCGUUGAAAAAACGUCGAAGCGCAGAGCUUCAUCUCAAAGCAUUCUGGGACCAUGUGAGAGAGUUGUGCAAGAACACCACGCCCAGUCUGAUUUCUCAGUCUCCUGCAACAAUGGACACCGAGGGGAGACUCCCUCGACUGGUACAGGAGCUUCAUCACUUUGAGCCUGAGCUUCCAAGCAUCCCAGAGUGGGCACCUCCAAAAGAGCCCACAAAGCAAAGUGUGAAGAGGCAGGGGGCGCAGGAGAAAGCGCGAAAGAGAACUGCGGGAGCGGCUGCUGCCAAGGGCAAAGAGCCAGGUACUGAUACACCAAUGUCCGACGCCCCUGAGUUCGGCCGCUCUCUGGUGACCGGAAAACGUUCUCGCGACGAGGUGGAAGAGGGACGUCCCACGAAAAGGGCCCGAGUGGAACAGCGGGUGAAAGAGAAGACCCGCGGGGAAGCAGAUCCAUCCAAGGACACAAAGCGCAGGACGCGGGCUGGCAGGCUUGACGAGGCCCCCGAGGAAGAAGAAGAGACGGUUCCUCCAGCGGUGGAAAUUCCAGUAUCCCGAAAGAGUUUACAGGUGAUAGAGGCGUUGUUCCCCGAAAAGAAUGUGUUGGCCGCACACGGAAGGACUAAGGUAACUUGGACCGACUACCGUCGCGCAUUACACGACAUUGGCUUCGUACAUGAUCGUAACGACAGCGGUCUGAACCAUUUUACGGCGCCUGACAGAUGGAAGCAUUUAGGAAACAUCACCUUCCACAGUAUGCAUAAUGACCGGAAGGUUGAAGAUAAUCAACUGCGGGACUGGGCCGAUGAGCUGGCCAAAUAUCCAAUCGAAGAGGAGCUCAUGCAAGGGUUGUAUACGACAAAUAGAUGA